UUUCUUUCUUCAUAAAUCUAAAUCAAUGAAACCCCAUAAUUACCCAUCUCCAAAAAGCUAAACACAUCCACCCUCUCUAGACCCCCUAUUGUUUCAUAUAAUCUAUACAUUUAUAGCAAACACAUUGAUAUUUGUGCAUUAUUUUUAUGUUUUUAGCUGUUUCAUCUUUCUGCUCUGCCACUCUACUCUGUUUUUUUUCUUUCUACCUUAGCCUUGCUAUAAAACAACAUGGAAAUGAGAGCUCCCUGUUUCAGCUUCUCUUGUGUGUUUUUUCUCCCAUUUUUCCCUAAUUUGUAUAACAUUUAUUUACCAUUUUGGACUUUUUCUAGUUGCAAAACUAACUUGGUUUUUCAACAUUGUUGCUAAAUUGAGAUAAAUCGCAUUUGGAUUUCCUUUCAUUAUAUACAUUAUUUUAUCAUCAUGUGCUCUGUUUUUUCACUUUCUUUAAACAAAAGCUCUGUUUUUUCUUCUGACUUUUAACUCUUUUAAUCUCACCUUGGUGAAACAUCUUUUCGUAUAUAAAACAUGGGUUGUCUUUCAUAUCUAUCAACUCACUAAACCCAGAAAAACAUUCACAAAUUUCUUGAUAAGUUUUAGUUUCUUGAAAAAUUAAGUACUAAAUCCUCUGUUUUUUAAGCUCAUUUUGUGGGUGUAAGACUAAGAAAUAGUGAUGGAUUUGAGUUUUAAAAAUGAUCAGUAUUUUGUGAUUUUGAUGUUGAUAAUGGUGGGAUUGUGUGGAAUGUGUAUUAAUGGAGAAACAAAUGAAGAUUUAGCAGGAGCUCCAAUGGUGAAAACAGAGCAAGAAGCUUUAUACUCUGCUAUUCAAGGGUUUGUUGGUAAUUGGUGGAAUGGGUCAGAUCUUUAUCCUGACCCUUGUGGUUGGACUCCUAUUCAGGGUAUUUCAUGCGACAUUUUUGAUGGAUUCUGGUAUGUGACAGACUUGAGCAUUGGACAAAUUCAUGAUAAUUCUCUUCCAUGUGCUCCAAAUCUUGAAUUUAGACCUCAUUUGUUUCAACUUCAACACUUGAAAUCUUUAUCAUUCUUCAACUGUAUCAUCUCACCUAGCCAUGGCCCGAUAUCGGUUGAAUCUGCUAACUGGGACUCGUUUUCAAACACCCUCGAGUCCCUAGAGUUCCGUGCAAACCCCGGCUUAACUGCUCAAAUCCCAGCCACAUUUGGUAACCUGAAGAAGCUCCAAUCACUUGUUUUGAUAGAUAACGGGCUAUCGGGCAGUUUACCAGGCAGCAUUGGUAAUCUAACUCAUUUGAAGAGGUUGGUUUUGUCUGGUAAUAAGUUUACAGGCAAAAUCCCAGAAAGUUAUGGUUAUUUGAGUGAAUUGUUGAUUAUGGAUUUGAGUAGAAACUCAUUGUCAGGGAGUUUGCCUAUGUCUUUUGGAGGGUUGACUUCUCUCUUGAAGUUUGACUUGAGUAAGAAUCAAUUAGUAGGGGAAAUACCAAGUGAGAUUAGUAAUUUGAAGAAUUUAACUCUUUUGGAUCUUAGUGACAACAAGAUUUCUGGUGAGUUGAAUUUUGUAAAUCAAGAAAUGAGUUCAUUAGAAGAGUUGAUCUUAUCAAACAAUCUCAUUAGUGGUGACCUUAUGAACUUUAAUUUGCAAAACCUUUUUAACCUCAUGGUUUUGGAUCUUUCAAACAUGGGGUUGUCCGGUUUGAUUCCCGAGUCAAUCCUUAACCUGAAAAACUUGCGGUUUUUGGGCUUAAACGACAAUAAACUCUCAGGAAAUCUUUCACCGAAACUAGCUGAGUUGUCUAACUUGAGUGCUAUCUAUCUCCAUGGAAACGACUUCACCGGUGACCUCAAAUUCCCUCGAGAAUUCUAUGUUAAAAUGGGAAGGCGGUUCGGGGCAUGGAACAACUCAAACUUGUGCUUUCCUGUUGAUAAACUGGCUGCUAGUGUUCGUCCGUUUGGUGUAAAGGAGUGUAAAUGAAGUGCCGUUGUGAUGUUAUUUCCGCGGUCAAGGGUGUCAAAUUAGGUAAAAAUACUUUUGAUGUAAUACUUGUGUAAUCAAAAUGAUCCUAAUCUUGUUUUGAGUUAAAUUGAAUAGCUAGAUGAUUGUUAAAAUUGCGUAUAUAUGUCCUAUUUUUUGAGUA